UGUGUGGUAUCGCGAGCGAGAGGAGAGCUAGAGGUACGUUCUUUUUUCCACUCUGCUGACAGUCGAGGUCGUAACUGAAGAACCGGCGAAAUUUGUCAACCAUAUUACUUCAUAACCUUGGAAGCUAGAUCAAUCUCUUUGAUUCACAAUGGCCGCCGCAUCAACACUUACCCAGGAGCUCAGGAAAGAGCUGGCGCAGACAGCCCGCCAGAUUGUAGCACCAGGAAAGGGCAUCUUGGCUGCUGAUGAGAGUACAGGGACCAUGGGUAAGCGAUUUGCCAACAUCAACGUGGAGAACACCGAGGAGAAUCGCCGUCUGUACCGCCAGCUCCUCUUCACCACAGACCCCUCCAUCAGCAACAACAUCAGCGGAGUCAUCCUCUUCCAUGAGACCCUGUACCAGAAGAGCGACGACGGAACACCGUUUGUUAAGCUGAUCCAACAGAAGGGCAUCGUCCCAGGAAUCAAGGUGGACAAGGGUGUGGUUCCCCUUUCUGGCUUCAACUGUGCCGAGUGCACCACCCAGGGACUGGACGAUCUGGGCACACGCUGCGCUCAGUACUACAAGGACGGAGCCCGCUUUGCCAAGUGGCGAUGCGUACUGAAGAUCUCGGACGUGACACCAUCCGAUGUUGCCAUGAGGGAAAACGCCAACGUUUUGGCCCGCUACGCAAUCAUCUGCCAGCAGAAUGGUCUGGUGCCAAUCGUUGAGCCUGAGGUUCUUUCAGAUGGAUCACACACCCUGGAACGGGCACAGGAGGUGACUGAACAGGUUCUUUCACACACCUACAAGGCCCUGAUUGACAACCGCGUCUUCCUGGAGGGUACCCUGCUUAAGCCAAACAUGGUGACUGCCGGACAGAGCUGCCCUACUAAGAACACCCCACAAGAGGUGGGCUGCGCCACGGUGGUUGCUUUGCAAAGAACUGUACCCCCUGCCAUGCCAGGUGUGACUUUCUUGUCUGGUGGUCAGUCUGAGGAAGGGGCAUCAGUUCAUCUGAAUGCCAUCAAUGCUUACCCCGGCAAGAAGCCUUGGGCCCUGACCUUCUCCUACGGUCGUGCCCUCCAGGCUAGUGUGCUCAAGGCUUGGGGAGGUAAGAAGGAGAAUGUGAAGGCUGCUCAGGAGGAGCUGCUCAAUCGUGCCAAGGUUAAUGGUGAGGCAGCCCUGGGAAAAUAUGGAGGCGGAGCCACCGGAGCAGCCACCGAAGCCUCGCUGUUUGUCGCCAACCACCAAUAUUAAACAGUGCCCUCACAUGGUGAGCAGCAUCGACUGUCUUUAAUCAAUACAAAAAAUGUUUUAGUUUGUGAUACUAUAGUCCAUCAAGCUGCUCUGUUUAUUCUAAUGAGAUGUUUAUGGUUAUAUGAUAGCCCCCUCUUGUGGUGAACUUUAGUCAGUUGUUAUCAAAACGGGUUUAGUCCCUUGCUUGAGGUUCCAAGACAAAUUGAAAAUGGGUUAAGUCUGCUGCCCCUGGGCCCAAUUUCAUAGGCACUUAAGCAGAAAAUAUUGCUUAGCAGGAUUCCAGUUACA